AUGUUUGUGUCAUAUCGGUAUCGCACGGGUAUCACACAUCGCUAUCGCAGUGCAUCGUCGGCCGUCAAGGAAAAAACCUUCAGUGUAUCUCUGGAUCUCCUCCGUGCCCGUGUCCACGUCAUGCCUCGCUUCUUCCCCUCCUUUCAUUCGCGAAAAGGCGAGGUUGACAGUGCGUCGAUCUUGGCCAACAAGGAAGUGACGAAAUCCUACUGGGAGGCGAAGCUGUUGGAAGCGACCGAGAACCAAAAGAACUCCAUCAUCCGAAGCCUGUUGUUGGACCCGGACCGCCCAGCAAGUGCGGGAGGGAUGAUGGAAUCUCCGCUUUCUCCCCCGCCCGCGUUCAGGGCGGAGGACGAAGACGAGCCAGGAGAGAUUGUGGAGGACGAGGAAGUGUCGGGAUUCCCCAAGUUCCGCCCGUCUGUCGUCGAUGCCAACGCUGGACCCCCGAAGCCUUACGUAUUCGGCGAGGAUCCGAACGUGAGCAACGUGAAGCACGUGAACAUAAUCGAACAGGAGAUCCGCGAACAGCAGCAGAGGGAGGCCGAGAUGCGCCAGGAAGGGACGUUGAAGACAUUGAAGGAUAUUCAGCGUCUGACCGACGACGAAGAAGAGGGCUACGAAGAAGGAGCGGAAUUCGAGGAAUUCGAUCCCACCGCAGCGUCUGCAGUGGGGGCUACCGAAGACGUGCCGCUGAAGCGAAUCGUGGAACCCAUCGUGGAACCCGAAGACGUCCCGUCGACUUACUUCGAUUUCCACGCCUCCACAGAGGCCAAAAUCGCCUUGGAGAUCCGGGAAUUGAAGGAACGAGAAGACGAACUGAGGAACAUGAGGGCCCGCUAUGAGAGCGGCUCGAGGGAAAACCUGUUGGCGGACGCAAGCCUUCACACGUCGUCCACGGACGAAGGGAACUAUUCUGAGUACGGGAGCGAAGAGAACAAGGACCACAGCACUGGAGGAUCCAGCAGGUUGACGAGUCCGGACUUCGUGGGAUUCUCCCAUCAGAGGACUCAUUCCCUGGACUCCGUCAGUUCCGGCCACAGCAGCGGAGGGACGAAUAAUCAUCAGACUAACCAGAUCGGCAAUGGAUUGGCUUCCACUUACGCGGAUUUCUAUUCGAGAAGGAAGGUGACUGUGAAGCCUCUGGCAGAAGACGACGAUGAUGAUUCACCAUCGUACAAGGUGCUGAAGGAGACUCCGCUCGAGCGGGAGAUCCGCCUGGCGAAGGAUCGGGAAGAUGAGCUUCGUCGUCAGCGAGGUCUUUCGCCUUCAUCCGUCUCGCCUGCGUCGUCGAAUAAGGCCCAGACGAAGACCGCCCCCGUCGUGAACGGGCACCAUAAGCCCUUGGAAAAUGGACACGUUCGGGCCCUUCCGGGCAAAAUCGUUUCCCAAGAGGAUGGGAAAUUGAGCUCUACUGCGAAGAGCGGGGGAGCCAAGCCGGUGCGAGAUGUCACCAGUAGCAAAAUUCAGCAAGAGAUCGAGGAACAGAUCGAGCGGGAGAGGCGCUUGAGGGAAGAGGGUUGCAUCCAGACACUCUCGGAGGAAAGGGUCGAUGCCAAGGUGACAAGGCUGCACGAGGCGACGAAGACAAGGAACGGGCUGACGAACGGACACGUGGAUAGACCCAAGGGAUUCCCCUCGGCCACUAAGGGGAACUAUAGCAAAAACCCAAGGUCGUCCGAGAAGGCAAAGACGGCGCCAGUGGCACCCGCUUUGAGACGGAUGGUCGUGUCCCCCACGGCACCCAAGGGGAUCAUGGAAAAGUUCCUCGCAUCCCGGGGGAAGGUCUCGGGGGUUCUCCCCACCUUUGGCCCCAAUUCAAUGGGGGCCGGAGGCAAGGGACGAAGCCUCAGCACGUCAGUGCUCCCGGAUCCACUACGUCUGGAACUCAAUCACACUCACAUCUCGCAACUUCAAGCCAACAUCAACAGCAACAGCAACAGCAAUAACAACAACAACAAGACGCUUUCGAAUGGUUCCAGUCCUUCGUCCACGCCGAAGGCUUUCCACCGCAAAUUUGCCACUGCCGAGGAAAAGAUCCAACUGGAACUAAAAGAAAUGAAGUUGAGGGAACAGGAACUUAGGAAGCAAAGGAUGAGAGCACUGGCUGUAUCUCAGCCAAACCUCCUGGCUACAUUGAGCUUGGAAGAAGCGAGAGAGGAGGAUGUAGAUGAUGAUGAUCAGCCGACAUUGACCGGCUUGAGGGAAAGAUGUGCCUCCAACCCAAAUCUUCUUGAUGAUGAUGCCAUGUCUGCUGCUUCUGACACUUCUCAUGCCACUCAGAAUUCAGUUGGAGUGGGUAGGGGACGGAAGAAGAGUGCCUUGAUUGCCCAGUGGGAAUCCCGGAUCCAGCAGUGCAUUGAAACCUAGAAUUCUUCCUUCCCUCUUUCUUCCUCCCCACCUCCUGUGAUACGUAUCCACUUCGAUGUCUCAACAACCACUGGGCCAUAGUGGGGUGCUUUCAGGUUGCCAAGGGGUGCGGCCAAGGAGGUCGAUGGUCACCCACAGACUGACUCCACUCAAUUCUACUACCCAUAAACAUUCUUCUGUGCAGUUUUUUUUAUAUUCUCUCCCAAGAAUGAGUGAGGAUUUUUGGAGUGUAUAUAGGCCAAAUCCAAUCAUCCGAGUGAAGGUUCCUUACUCUGUUACGAGAUGUCAAUUGCCUUGUGAUGUCAAUUUAGUGUGCUUUAUGGUUUAUGGUGAUUUUGGAAAUCCAACCGUCCCCGCCGCCAUCCUUCGUCUUCUCUCUUCCAACCAUGCGAUUCCAAUACAAGUUCUUCUAUAUGCCUUUCUUUUUUAUAUUAAAAAUACUUUUUUUGGUGAUUGAAAUAAAAAGUUGAUUGUU